AUGGCUUCAACAUCAACUUUACCCCAACCGUCACGGCCAGCAGCCAACCCCCCGACCGUGGCAUUACCCCCUCUUCCUAAUCAUAAACCAAGAAUAAGCAUGCCAGCUGGGGAUACACCACGAUCGGCCUCACCAUAUCAACAGCUCUCCAAAUUGCGCACUCCGUCGAGCCCCAACCCAUCUGCAGCGCGGUCCCCGCUAUCCAGUUCAAAUUCCACAUCGAAUCUCAGCGCUAUUCGAUCAGCAUCCAACGGGCGCGCUCCAGGUAGCCCGGAAAAAACCUUGCGCCGGACAAUCAGCAUCGCGUCGUUUCCACAACCACCCAAGGCGGGAGGGAGUCGCCCCUCAACAGCCUCAUCCGUGUCGGGAAUUCCCGCAAACCCGGCGAGCGUCAAGCCCAAACGAAGCUCGCGACUCAGCACAGGAACCACUAGCAGCUAUCGGAGCUCCAAAACCCCGUCACUUUUGAAUGGAAGCGGAGAUGGAAAAUCCAUCCUGGCAGACCCAGACGGGUCCCCGGGCCAUAGCAGAAGCUCAUCCGCGCAAGGUUCAUCCUGUUCAACAAGCGCAACGACAUUUGAAGAUGGGGAUGAUGCUACUGGUAGCAAGUUGUCUAAAUCCAAGGAGAUCAAGGGAAACGUCAUUGUCAGCGUGCGUGUUCGGCCGGAUAUCAAUCAGGGGGGCGAAACCCCAAGAAACCAUGGCGAGUGGGUGGUGGAUGGACGAUCAAGUUUAAUCUCCCACCGAGGGAAAGACGGAGGGGAUUAUUACUUUGAUAAUGUUUUUUCGGCGCAUGAAAACAAUGCCAAAGUGUACGACUCAGGGGCAAAACGCCUCGUCCGACGGGUCAUGGAAGGGUACCAUGGAACUGUCUUUGCCUAUGGUAUGACUGGAACGGGUAAAACCUUCUCAAUGCAAGGCACUGCCACAUCUCCCGGUGUGAUUCCCCUCGCAAUCACAGAUAUAUUCUCUUUCAUUCGAGAAACCCCCCAUAGAGAAUUUCUCCUUCGAGUUAGCUAUCUAGAGAUCUACAAUGAGAAGAUCCACGAUCUUCUCUCCGCUUCGACUACCAAUGGUCCGGCCACGCAACAGGAAGAAAUCAAACUCCGCGAGGACAGCAAACGCGGAGUCUAUGCGACUCCACUAAAAGAAGAGAUCGUACAGAGUCCGACCCAGCUUCUUCGGGUAAUUGCAAGGGGAGAUCAUGCCAGAAGAACAAGCAGUACCCAAUUCAACGCCCGGAGCUCUCGAAGUCAUGCAGUCGUACAGAUCGUGGUCGAAAGUCGCGAGCGAGUGCCAACAGGUAAUUCACAGGACAAACGCUCUGGAAUUGCUCCUGGUGGUGUCCGGGUGUCGACCCUGAGCUUGAUUGAUCUUGCUGGCUCUGAGCGCGCCGCCGAUGACAAGGAACGCCGAACUGAGGGUGCGCAUAUCAACAAAAGCUUGCUCACGCUCGGUAAUAUCAUCUCCAAGCUCUCCGACGCCAAGGACAAGCAAGGAAAUCCAAUGGACAAGGAAGGUCGGCAUCUGCCCUACCGGGACAGCAAGUUAACACGGCUGCUUCAACCCGCUUUAUCCGGCAAUUCCCUGGUGAGUAUUCUAUGUACAAUUCAACUGGUCUCCGGCGUGAAUGCGCAUUCUGGCGAAACUCUCAACACCUUGAAAUUUGCCGCACGAGCGAAGAAUAACAUCGUGAGUCACGCACAAAAGGCGGAGGAGGCUUAUGGUACCGGUGGGGCCGACUCUGGCAGUCGGGUCCUACUAGAGCGGUAUCGUGUGGAAAUCCAAGCUCUCCGUGGCCAGCUCGAUAGCCAGGCCAAAGCCCAAGCGGAGAAAGAGAUGAAGUGGGAUGAACAGCAGUUUGAAAAGGAGGCCCAGGCUCGCCACGAGGAGCAGGUCUUGGAGAUGCAGUUGGCCCGAACAGCUCUGAAGGAGCGGAUUGAACAUCUUAACCGGUUGAUCCUCAGUUCCAAGUCCACUGGAGUCAACAACCACAGCAGCCUAUCUUCUGCGUUUGGCCGUCUAUCACGUAUGUCCGCUACGGACUGUGGAACCCGUUCACUGCGGUCGUCAGCCAGUCAAUCUACCCUGGGGGCCGGUUACUCAUCCAUCAGACCGAUGUCUUUCAUGUCAGUCAACAGCAGCGACCCUUCAGGGGCCAUGCCAUUUCCAGGUGCUUCAUUUGGACACGAAGACGAAGAUGACAUGGGCGAAUUUGGUGACGGGAAAGCUAGUAUGCAACGGCAAAUCACUGCCUUGCAGGCUGACCUAGGUGAUAAGAAUCGAUAUAUCUCCACGCUAGAGCGCCGGCUGCUGCAAGCACGACGCUCUAGUCAUUCGAGGAUGUCAGUUGGAGUAAAAUCCACUAACUCGACUAUUGCGGAGCAUCCAGACCUGAUGGCCUUGCUUCGCGAGAGGGAUAUGGAGAUCAAUGAGCUGCGCAUUCAGCUUGACGAUAAGGAUCGAAUGCUGGCAGCCCUUCGCUCUGCCGCAAGACACCGGGACCUGGCUGCUGUGACGAACGACGCACAGUCGCCGGAUCUCAAAGGCAAAGAAGAGUUCAGCUCGGGUGGCGACAGCACAUCGGUUAACAACAGCACGAUUGAUAAGCUUGCCAGUCCACCAGGUCCCGUUCUUCCUAAUAGGAAUGAAAAGAAUGAUGACCGGAGAAAAAAUAUGGAUGAAGUAUCCCGAAUGCUGGACGAGAUGAUCCAGGGCCGAGUUGAAAGUGGCCAUUAUGAGAAAGGUCCCUUGGGACACGUCAAAAGAACUUCUAACGAUAGUCGCCGAGUAUCGAUGUCGGCUGAAGUGCCAGGCUUGAACCCUAGUGGUCCUCCUCCCACAGAUGCAAUCCCCGGUUUCUCCCCAAGUUAA